CCGUUAGCCGGAGGCUGCGGCUCACCGAUCGAUUUGCGAACGCAUUAAAUCAGCACCAACUGUCCAAUCGAUCGCACCGCACGAAACCACAAAAUCAGCAAUUUAGCAACUAAUAGUUAUUAGUAGAUACUAAUAUUUAUACUAAAAUGCAGCUCCUCCUCUGGAAGUGGGCGUGGUUGGCAGUGGUUUUGCUAAUUACUGUGAAAAUGGAGCAAGUUGGCGGUAAGAAUUAUCUGGAUUUGGCACGCACCGAUAAUCGGUUAACGAGGCUACCAUUCUUUGGCGGCGGUGUGGGUCACCUGCUGAGAUAUCUUAACCCGUUGUCAAUGAAUCCCUCAUCCGAACGGGGUAGAAUCUCGGAGCUUCGCAGCGAUUUGGAUGCUAACUAUGUGAGCUAUCGAGGUGCGCAGCUGUGGAAGCUCAACUUUAAUGCCACCCGGGGCUCAUCCAUGGAAGAGCGUGAGGAUGACGAGGAGGAGGAGGAGCAACAGGUGGUAGCUUCACCGGAUGCCCAAUUCAACGAGGUGGUCGCUUUAUUCGCGCUCGCAUUUCUGACCCUGAUGGGAUCGGUUCUUGGCCAAAAGCUGCUGCUCUGGCGGAGUGUCUCCGUGCCGGAGAUCUCCGGAAUCUCGGGUCUACCUCUCGCCCUGCUGACCCUCAAUAGCAGCGAGCUCUACGAAUCCACUUUCGAGGGCCUGCAGUGGCUAUCGCCUUUGGAUCUCCGCCGUUUUGACUUCCUAUCGCCGGGAUCCUCGUACCAGAUCAAUAGACGUUAUCGGAAUGGUAGCCAUGUGCAACGUUACUACGGCUAUCAGCUAUGGAAAAUCCACGAAACUCGACUGGAACAGCCCCAGCUGAGGGCCUUCUGGCGGAAUUUUGGAAGCGAAGUGUGGAAUAUCAACCAGGAUGGCAUCGACAUCCUUAUCGAGCAACGCAAUGUGGCCGAUGCCCGGAAAUUCAUGGAAAAGGUGGGUUUCAGCUACAACAUAAUGAUCGACGAUAUUGAAUCGGCCAUUGAUGAGACAUACGUAGAAGUUCCUGCUGUGGAUCAUCCAUUGGAUUCUGUGCGUAAUAAUUCGCUGCCGUGGAUGGAGAGGCCGGGAUCUCUGAUGAGCUGGCGUCGUUAUCAUGACCAGGUAGAUAUCCAGCAGUUUCUACAAACACUGCUCGAAACCUACUCCGAAAAUGUGGAACUGAUCCAGAUUGGAGUAACGCGGAACAAGCGACCAUUGGAGGUUAUCAGAGUCUCCAAUGGUAAUCCAGAUAACUGGGCCGUUUUUGUAGAUGCAGGACUGCAGGCCAGGGAUUGGUUAAGUCCUGCUGCCCUGACCUAUGCCAUUUCCAAGCUGACACAUCUUUGGGGCAGGCCAAAAGGCAAUGAUCAGGGUCAGAGGCAAAGCAGGGCAGAGAAGGCUAUGCGCCGCAUCGACUGGUAUUUCCUACCACUAGCCAAUCCCGAUGGCUAUCAGUACUCAAGACACACGGAUCGCCUGUGGACCAAAAACCGGGGCUUCGACUCUGAGAGUGGGUGUUACGGUGUAAAUCUGGAUAGAAACUUCCACUAUAGCUGGGGCGGCACAGGAUCAACGAGUAAUCCCUGCAAGAAUCUAUAUCGCGGUGCCGAAAGCUUUUCCGAGCCAGAAAGUCGAGCUCUGCGAAGUUUCCUAACCGGCAUGCGGGAGUAUUUGGGUGCCUAUGUGUCCCUGAGUGGUUAUGGUCAGGCCAUCACCUAUCCCUGGGGCGAUGCGGACUAUGUGACGGAGAAUCAGAGAGAUCUGAAGCAGACAGCAAGGAGGGCAGUUCUCGCACUGAGACGCUUAAACCAAGCGGAAUACUCCUCAGGCACCAGUUAUCGCCAGAAAUUGGCACGACCUGGAAACUCUGCUGAUUGGGUACAGGAUCGCAUCGGACCACAACUGGUGUACAAUAUGUUCCUCAAGGAUCAGGGAAGAUACGGCUAUCUGCUGCCACCGCACUAUAUCGUGGAAUCCGGUGAGGAGGUGUUUGAAUUUCUGCGCACCAUUGCCCAGCAGUUGCAGUAAACGAAA